AUGUCCACCACUCAAUCAGCUCUGUCCACGCUCUUCUCUCCCAACCUCAGUAUGAAUACUACAGCUCCCGUAGAGCAUAAUAGAACAGCGAUGUCUCAUUCUGGGGCCUCAGGUUCAGAACUACUCUCGCUGCUCUAUGGGCUUUUGUCGCUCUCUCCUCUCCCGGACUGGUUGAACUGGAUGAUCUUCAGCUCACUUGUGGAUUCCUUUCGACACUUGUUAUCUCGCUAUUGGACUUCCCUCGAGAAUUCGUUGUGGCUCACCGUCACGGUUGACAGUGGCGACGAAUCAUACCGGUGGCUGAUGUACUGGUUCUCGAGGAGGACGAAUUGGGGCAAGUCCAACAACAUCGAAGUUAACACUCGACACUCCUGGGUCUACGAUAUAUGUCGUCGAGAACAGGAAGAGCAAUCUGCUCAGAUUAAAUAUCAACCGAUCGCCGAUCAGGUCUACACCUUGUGGUAUCAUGGCCGUUAUAUGAAGGUUUCCAGAAAAAUCAUCAAAAGCGAUCACAGCGAAUCAGCGCAGCUGAAAAUCAGAAUUUUGAGUCGGGACCAUUCAAUUGUGGAUAGUCUCUUAAAAGAUGCUAGGAAACUAUUUCGCGGUGAGCAGGACCGUACGACUAGCAUUUACGUCUGGGAUGGCGGGAGAAUGGGCGCAUUCAUCCACACAGACCCGUGGAGAUGCAUCGCUUCACGGCAGGGCCGCAGGCUACAAACUGUCAUCCUCGAUCACGGUAUCAAAGAGAUGCUCCUCACCGACUGCAAGAAUUUUCUGAACAGUAAGCAAUGGUAUGCCGAUCGAGGCAUCCCUUUCCGCAGAGGGUAUCUUCUGUAUGGUGCGCCUGGCUCUGGAAAGACCUCUCUCAUUCAGGCUCUUGCAGGCGAAUUGGGGCUAGAUAUAUAUAUCAUAACUCUUUCUAGGGCGGGACUCGACGAUUGCGACCUUAGUUCCAUGAUGACCUCCUUACCGGGCAAGUGUAUUGCCUUGAUCGAAGACAUAGACGCUGCGCUCCCUCAGACAGUUCUCAAUCGUAUCGUCCCUAACGCCGGUACUCAGUCCGAAGGGAAAACGCAGUCCGGGCAAGAAAGAAGCUGCCAAAUUACUCUCAGCGGACUGCUGAAUGCGCUCGACGGCAUUGGUGCUCCGGAAGGACGAAUACUUUUUGCUACCACGAAUCACAGCACCGCGCUGGAUGCCGCUCUGUGCCGUCCAGGUCGACUGGAUCUCCACGUGGACAUCAAGCUUGCAAGCAAGUUUCAAAUUAGAGAGCUCUUCAAAUCGUUCUAUCAUGCAUAUAGCGCCGAAGAUGAACCUACCCGGCGGGAAGACGACAGAAAAGAGUUGGAUUCCGCUCCCUUUACAUCUCCUGGUGCCGACUCCGCAAUCGAAUGCUUGUCUUCCGAUUCCGAUACCCAGCAAGACAGAGUUUUUUCUGGAUUUCUGCACUCCACAGAAGAAUCUGUUCUUACAAAGGAAGAUGCUUCAAUACUCGCCGAGGAGUUUGCACAAGCCGUUCCGGAGCGGUCAUUCUCCAUGGCCGUUAUUCAGGGCUUCCUCAUGGCCUACAAGAGCACUCCACGCAGCGCAGUCGCCGAGGUAUCCAGAUUGGUAGACCUCAAACUCGCGAGAAUUGAGAUGACCGGGCCUACAAGUCCGAAUAUUCGAGAAGCGCAUUCGCCUUCUUGUGCCGCUGAGUCGACGGAGACGGCCACCACUCAAUCUCCGGACGUUCAGGUUGAAUAA